CGGAGGGUCCGCUUGGGUUGUGGGCAGUCCGUGCACAGCCCGGGAAAAGCGGGUAAUGGCGGCCCCUAGCGCGGCGGCCCGACCCGCUGUGCAACAAAAGGGGCUCAUGGCUGCCGACCGCAGGCGCAGGGUAAUAGGAGCAUGUGGCAUGCGUCCUGACCAUCAGGAAACUCUAAAAAGGAACCGAGUGGUGCUGGCCAAGCAGCUAUUGCUGAGCGAGCUUUUAGAACAUCUCCUGGAGAAAGACAUCAUUACUUUAGAGAUGAGAGAACUCAUCCAGGCCAAAGUGGGCAGUUUCAGCCAGAAUGUGGAGCUCCUCAAUUUGUUACCCAAGAGGGGCCCUGAGGCCUUCGAUGCUUUCUGUGUGGCGCUGCGGGAGACCAAGCAGGGUCACCUAGAGGACCUUUUGCUCACAACCCUCUCUGAUCUUCAGCAUGUACUCCCACAGUUGAGCUGUGACUAUGACAUGAGCCUCCCUUUGCCCGUGUGUGAGUCCUGUUCUCCUCCCAAGCAGCUCCGCCUGUCAUCAGAUGUGGUGGAGUGCUCCCUCGAUAACGGCGACGGCCCUCCCUGCCUCCAGGUGAAGCCUUGUACCCCCGAGUUUUAUCAGACACAUCACCAGCAGGCCUACAGGUUGCAGUCCCAGCCUCGAGGCUUGGCACUGGUACUGAGCAACGUGCACUUCACGGGAGAGAAAGACCUGGAAUUGCGCUCUGGAGGAGAGGUGGACUAUAGCACCCUUGUUGCCCUCUUCAAGCUUUUGGGCUAUAGUGUCCACGUCCUGCAUGACCAGACUGCACAGGAAAUGCAGGAGAAGCUCCACAGCUUCGCACAGUUGCCCGCGCACCGGGCCACAGACUCCUGCGUCGUGGUGCUCCUCUCACAUGGGGUAGAGGGCAGCGUCUAUGGCGUGGACGGCAAACUGCUGCAGCUGCAAGAGAUUUUUCGGCUUUUUGACAAUGCCAACUGCCCCAGCCUGCAGAACAAGCCAAAGAUGUUCUUCAUCCAGGCCUGCCGUGGAGAUGAGACUGACCGUGGGGUUGACCAGCUAGAUGGAAAAGACCAUGCGAGGCCUGCUGGGUGCGAGGAGAGUGACGCGGGUAAAGAGGAGCUGCUGAAGAUGAGACUGCCCACCCAGUCCGACAUGAUCUGCGGCUAUGCCUGCCUGAAAGGAACUGCUGCCAUGCGCAACACCAAGCGGGGUUCCUGGUACAUCGAGGCGCUGGCUCAGGUGUUCUGCGAGAGGGCUUGUGACAUGCAUGUGGCCGACAUGCUGGUUAAGGUCAAUGCCCUCAUCAAGGAGCGUGAGGGCUAUGCCCCUGGCACAGAGUUCCACCGAUGUAAGGAGAUGUCUGAAUACUGCAGCACCCUGUGCCGUCCGCUCUACCUGUUCCCAGGGUACCCUCCCACGUGAUGCCGCCCCCUGCGUCUGUCAGAGGCGCCUGGACCACAGAGGAUGGCAGAGCCAUUUCAGGAUGCGUGGCUCCUGUUCUGCCCCUCAGGGAUAUGGGACUCUCAGGCCUGUUUCCUGUGCCCGUCAUCUCACCUUUCGGGACUGUAGACCUGUGUGGAGCACUCUCCCUCAGGGCCGACGCUGGCUGGACUGUCAGCCAGGAAUGUUUCGGCUGCAGUCCAAGCGCCUGUCAAGUGGUUGUUUUGAAUGCAGUAUAUUGGGAGCGAGCAUGGGGCUUGCUCGAUGUCUGCGUUGUUUCUGCCCCCACGGCUUUUGUAAGGAGCACUUGUAUUAUGCUGGUUGAAGAGAUCGCCUCCUAUCUGUUCUCCUUCAUUUCCACACUGCACUUCUCCCCAGAGUGACAGCUAGAGGGUCAGAAGGUAUCCCAGUUCCAGGUGGACAUUUCCGCUUGGCUUUGAAGAAGCAAGCAUGACUAGGAUACACUCUGCUGCCCUGAGCAGAAGUGCCUGUGAUCCUGCAGGACUGCCAGCCCCAGUGAAGGACGUGUCGCACCUCCACCCCCUGCUCCUUAGGGUUCCCGGUGCCCAGCCUCUCCGCAGAGCUAGGGUCUGCGUGCUCGGCCCAGAAGUCUUAGAGGCUUCCGUAACCACUCCCUGAGCUGUCCCUGAAAGGAACCUCAUGGGGAAUGUUGUCAGAGGGCAGGGAAGAAGGGCACGCCUGCACACCCUGGGACCUUCUCCCUGCAAGGCAUCCCCUUGUUACCUUUUACUUCAUACUUAGAUUUCUAGAAAAGCUCCCCACUCGUUACCGCUCUGGGUACCAUGUGCCACCCUGUCCAGCCGUCAGCCUCAGAAUCGGGCCCCUUGGUUUUGUGUGGUUGCAGCUCCUCUCCCUGCUUCAGCAACACCUUGCUGACCCCUAAAGGCCCUCUUUCCCAUUCCUGUUCUUUGCCUCCAAUCUGUAUUUUGUGUAACAGUCUUUGGCUUUUAAGUACAAAUACAAUGCCUCUCUCCUUCUUGGACCUCUGGGCUUCCCUUCUGCACCUUGUCUGGAUCAAGGUUUGAGACCUGGCUUUGCCUGCCCUUGAACCUCAUUAUGCUCCAGCCCUGGUGGCCUGGACUCUGGUUCUGUGACCCUGGACACUGCGUGUCCACUACUGUUGGCUGGGGUAGCGUCUCUUCCUUCAUCUUGUGGAGAAUUCCGGGCCACUUUGUCCGCGGACAGUCUCCUGUUACUGCAUCCUGGUUAAUUCUUUUGUUGCACUUACAGGAUCUGUAAUUCCAUAUGUUUAUUUUGCUGGUUCAUUUUUUUUCUCCCUACUAAGCUGCAGGCUUCAAGAGGGCAGGAACCCAGCUCCCUUCGCAGUGUGUAUCCAGUCCCUGACACUGCUCCUCAUAAAUGUUUAUAAGAGGAAAAGAGAAGCACCAAACUGUAGCUAGAAUCCUUUUGGAUAAAAUUUUCUUUUUGACCUUAUAGUUUAGUACUUGUACUGUUAUGUUUUCCAAGUGUUUUGUUUCUAUCCACGGGCAUUUUUAGCUCCUUGAAGAACUGUCACAUGUGAGGCAUCUUCCUUCCCAUCUGUCGUGCCCGGCAGAGAAGUCGGCCUGUAGCUGUCAAGGUGCUUGAUAAAUAAAUGUUUGUUCUAUGAGCCAGAGGGUUGGAAGACUUGCCGUCGAGUCCUGCCUUGGGGUCGGGAUGGGAUGGAUAUAUUUUAGUGAUACAACUCGCCCACUUUCCACUGCCAAGAUUUUUUUGUAUAGCUAUCAGGUGCCAAAUAAAUGUUCGUAUUUGUUACUGGGGCGUGCCUUGCAUCUGUUCAUGUGGGUACUUGGUCUUCUUGGGUCCACAUACCUUCGUUCCCCAGCUCCCCGUCAUUCUCCCUAAGAGACACACCUAGAGUCGAAACCCCUCUCCUCUAGCUGCCCCAGUCUUUUACAUGUAGUAAUCUGGACUUUGUGAGUUGUCACAGCACUGCCCGCAGUUGCUUACAGUCAGAUGAGGUAGAAGUCAUUAGCAGGCAGUGCUGGUUCUGGCUUACCAGCUGGCCCAAUAGACUGGGCUGGCAUGGUAGAGCAGUAGGAUCUCAUUUCUCACAUGGUCCAAGUGGAGUGUAAGGUUUUCUAGAGCAGCGUGAACGAAGCAAUUCACACUAAGCGAUGGAAUCUUCAACCAGGCUGUGGGGUUCGAGCCAGGGGAAGGGGGAGUUCUGUAGAAGCCUUGUGUGAGAAACCUGCGAUUCCAGGGACUUGCUUAGGAGUGUUAAGGAGCAGGUGGCUGGCUAGGAAGAGCCAAAGGACAUGGCGUUGAGCUGGACAUGACCCGGUAGAGGGGAAGUCGGUGCAGAACAACACUGAGGCCAGUGAAACAAGCAGUGGAGAGGGCAGUAAAAAUCUAAGGUGUGACCAGAAUCCAUAGGAGUAAGAACCCAUUUUCAGGAUAGGAAAGCUUUUCGGAGUUGUGAUGUCUCUGGGAAGUAUGGAGCCUGGUCUGAGCUGGAGGCCGUCCCCUCCCCUCCCUGCCCUUGAGUAGGGUGUCAGGUUGAAUUUCACAGCUCUCUGCCCUGCCCCCACUUACCUCUGCCAGGGGAUUCUCUUCUAAAAUUAUCCCCCUCUGAGCUGGGGGCUGCCCCCUGCUGCCUUUCCCCAUCCUGUUUUCUCAGAUGGGAAGAGAAACACGGGAAGAGCAAAGCUGUGGGGUUAAGGGGAAGGGCAGUGUUCAAAGGCAGGGCAGACCCACAGACUGUAAUAAUAGCGGCCACUAACCAAGUGUGUACCCCAUGGCAGCCACAUCCCACCCUCCCCACAGCCCUGCAAGGAAAUCAUUUUCCCAU